UUAAAUCAGCAAAGAUCUCUUUUAUGUUUAUGCUCCCUGAUCACACUGCAUUGGCAGGAGCUCAGCUCCAUGUUGUCAGACUUGCUGUCUAGAACAGUGCCUGUCUCAUGGCAGAGGAGGAAGAGACCGCUGGGGGAUCUCACUUUGAUAACUAAACUCAAAGCCUGAAAAUGACGCCUGUCUCUCCACUCACAGGUUAUUGGCCAGAACUGGCCACACAUUCUGGCUCAACACAGGGAGGCAGAAAGAACAGUCUCAACAGGAGCCUCAAAUGGAAAACCACGAUAGUGGGGGAACAGCCCCAGUGGCAGCCAUACUUAUUUACCGAAUUAACCCAGUAACACAGAGUGAUUGAAACAUGGUCCUUGUCCCUACGAAAUUUAUAAAUGGCACAUGGAUUAAUUGAUGGACCUUGGGUUUAUGGAGCUACCUUUUCAUGACCUGCUCUUCCUACAGUUUCUAAGAAGAAAAGGGGGCCCCUGAAUCAAAGAAGAUGCCUCGAACUAAACAGAUUCAUCCCAGAAAUCUAAGAGACAAAAUUGAAGAAGCACAGAAAGAACUAAAUGGGGCAGAAGUGUCAAAAAAAGAACUCUUAGAGGCUGGCAUCAAAGGAACUUCCGAAUCGCUUAAAGGGGUGAAACGGAAAAAGAUUGUAGCGGAGAAUCACCUGAAAAAAAUACCCAAAUCCCCUCUGAGAAAUCCUCUCCAGGCCAAACACAGACAGAAUACCGAAGAGUCCCCAUUCGCCGUGCUCGCGGGCGCGGCGGAGCCCCACAAGAAGCAGAGCCACAGCCCGGCGAAGGCCGCGGGGAGGCCGCUGACCAAACACAACGGAGAGACCCCGGGGCUGACCGCCGGGGCCCCCAAGCCUGAAGCCCCCGUCUGUCCCCGGAAGCCCCCAUUUCUGCCGCAGCAGCCGUCCGAGCCGCGCCGAUGGAGGUCGGAGGGCCCCGACCCUGCCAAGGCCGGCGUCCCCGAGGGAAAGCGUGACCCCGGGUCCCCGCCCGGCAAGGGCAAGGCCGAGCGCCGCGAGGGUCCGGUCUCCUCCGGCCGCAGCUCCCCGCCCUCCUCGUUUGCAAACACCGCCUUCGACGUCUUGCUGAAGGCCAUGGAGCCAGAGCUGAACACCCUGUCGCAGAAGGGCUCACCGUGUGCCGCGAAGAUCGAAAAACUGAGACCAAAUAAAACCGCACGCGCCCCGGCUCACCCGCACGGCAGCCCGCAGGAGGCCCCUGACGUGCGCCUGCCGGACGCGGCCGCCCCCUCGCAGCCGCAGCCGCCGCCUCGGACCUCGUACCCCUCUGGGCCGGUGUCCGCCGCUCAGAGGAAGGACCCAGCGGCAGUCCCGGCCGCCUCUCCCACGUAUCACAUACACGAACUCCCCGUGCCUAAACCCAGCCCGCAAAGUCAGCAGCUUCCCGCGUGUUCGGGUUUCGCCCCACCCCUCUCGAGCCUGCAGAGCCAGGAGAACGCCCAGCUUGAACACAUGUACACCGCUGCGGCCACGUCACUCCCCGGCCGCACUCAGGUCACCCCUCCAAACCAGCAAGUGGACGCUGCCUCCCCGGUGCCGGUGAGCCCCGCACCUUCCACACAGUCACCCCCCACGCCCAUCUACAACUCGAGCCCUGUCGCCGCUGUGGUUAAUCACAGCGUGGAGCAAAUGUGCAGUCUUCUCCUGAAAGAUCAGAAGCCAAAAAAGCAAGGAAAAUAUAUCUGUGAGUAUUGCAACCGAGCCUGUGCGAAGCCCAGCGUGCUUCUAAAGCACAUCCGCUCCCACACCGGAGAGCGCCCUUACCCCUGCGUGACCUGCGGAUUUUCAUUUAAGACUAAAAGCAACCUGUACAAGCACAAAAAGUCCCACGCACACACUAUCAAACUGGGCCUCGUCCUGCAGCCGGAUGCUGGCGGCUUGUUCGUGUCACACGAGUCCGCCAAAGCACUUAGCAUCCAUUCAGACGUGGAAGACAGUGGCGACAGCGAAGAGGAUGGCGCUGGCGACGAAAGGCUGAACGACCCGGGCUCCAUGGACCUGCAGCCGGCGCAGAUGAUAAGAAUGCUGUCCAGCUCGGAAGCUUUACCAAAAUCAGGUUCCAUUCCAAGCAAUCCCGAGCGCGUGGUCGGUGACGUUGCGCCGCAGGACGGGUCUUCAGAAUCACAGGCCGCGGCAGAGUUACCAAAGGUUGUGGUCCACCCCAUCAGCGUGUCCCCUUUAAGAGUUGACAGCCCAAAGGUUACCGAUUCCAAGCCUGAGCUCCCUGGUGCACAGAAAGACCUUCAGGGAACCCGGAUCCUGUCCCACCCUUCCUGGGUGUCCUCCCUGGAGGCAGAUGAGAAGGCCCAUCAGAAAGGCGACCCAAGUCAGCCCGACGGAAAGCCGGAGUCCCCUGUGGGCACAGCGCAUGCCCAGCUGCAGAGGCAGCAGGCCACCGAUUACUGCCAGGAACAGCAAGGAAAACUGCUGAGUCCUCGCAGCCUGGGAAGUACGGACUCGGGCUACUUUUCCCGAUCUGAAAGCGCCGACCAAACCGUGAGUCCACCCACCCCCUUUGCCAGGACGCUACCCGCCCCGGAGCAGGACUCUGCCAAGAACAGCGGGCCCUCGACCCCGCGGGGCAGCACAGCAGCAGCCUCUGCUGUUCCCGCGGGUGAAAAAGCACCCCUCCUCCCGGGUCAGAUGCGCCCCCCGCUGGCCACGAAAACGCUGGAAGAGCGGAUCUCAAAGCUCAUCUCCGACAACGAGGCCCUGGUGGAUGACAAGCAGCUGGACAGCGUGAAGCCCCGGAGGACCUCCCUCUCCCGCCGGGGAAGCAUCGAUUCCCCCAAGUCGUACAUCUUUAAGGACUCUUUCCAGUUUGACCUGAAGCCAAUGGGACGGAGAACAAGUUCGAGCUCUGAUAUACCAAAGUCCCCUUUCACCCCCACGGAGAAAUCUAAGCAAGUGUUUCUUCUGUCCGUACCUUCCCUUGACUGCCUGCCCAUCACCAGGAGUAAUUCCAUGCCCACCACCGGGUACUCUGCAGUGCCCGCCAGCAUCAUCCCUGCCCCGCAUCCGCUGAGAGGAAGUCAGUCCUUUGAUGACAAAAUUGGCGCUUUCUACGAUGAUGUCUUCGUACCAGGACCUAACCCUUCUGUGACCCAGAGUGGACAUCCCCGCACCCUGGUGAGACAAGCAGCGGUGGAAGACUCCUCAGCAAGCGAAAACCAUGUUCUCGGGGCCGGACAGCCCUGGGAGGAGAGCCAUGCCGGAGGCAGCCCCGCCGGGGAGACAGCAGCCCCAAGGAGCAAGCCUCCAGCCCCGGGCUCACACUUGGAAAAGAAGAAGUCUCACCAAGGGCGAGGGACCAUGUUUGAGUGCGAGACCUGUAGGAACAGGUAUCGGAAACUGGAAAAUUUCGAAAACCAUAAGAAAUUUUACUGUUCAGAGUUGCACGGACCAAAGACCAAGGUCCCUGUGCGGGACCCCGAGCACAGCCCGGUGCUGGGCGGGGCGCAGACGCCCAUCCUGCACUAUCGGGUCGCCGGGGCCACUGGGGUCUGGGAACAGACGCCCCAGAUCCGGAAGAGGAGGAAAAUGAAAAGCGUUGGAGAUGACGACGAGCUUCAGCAGAAUGAGAGUGGAGCUCCUCCGAAAAGCUCUGAGGGCUCCCGGUCUCAGAGCAUGCUGGGCCCAGCUCCCAGUCUGUCCCAGCAGAACCUUGCCCUACCUGGUGAGCUGCAGCCUCGAAACCUCCAGCGGCAGGCCACCCAGCUUCAGCUGGGGCCCAGAGGCCCCAGCCAGUCCCGGGACCCGAAGCCGUCGUCCGUCCUGGAAGAGCCGAUGAGCUCCACUGCCCAGGACAGGGCGGAGCCCAAGAGACACGGGGCCGGCAUCUCGGUCAUCCAACACACAAACUCGCUCGGUAGGCCCGGGGCCUUUGACAAGCUGGAGGCUGGCGAAGGUGCGUCCCCAGUUUCUUUCCAGGAGCUGAGAACGGGCAAGCCGGGAUCUCUGAGCGUCGGAGGAAUUUCCCAAGAGGAAGGCCACCCUCUACGGCACACGUCACAGCCCCACCAGCCUGCGCUGUCCGAUGCUCUGAGAGGGGAACUUCAGGACGGUUCCAGAAAGAUCUCAGGUGAGCGGCACGUGCUCGGACAGCCCUCCAGACUCGUUCGGCAGCACAGCAUCCAAGUCCCAGAAAUCCUGGUCACCGAAGAGCCAGAUCGGGACUUGGAAGGCCAAGGCCAUGAUCCGGAGAAGUCGGAGAAGUUCAGCUGGCCUCAGCGGAGCGAAACCUUGUCCAAGCUGCCGACGGAGAAACUGCCGCCCAAGAAGAAGAGGCUGCGCCUGGCCGAGAUGGAGCACUCUUCCGCCGAGUCGAGUUUCGACUCCACGCUCUCCCGGAGUCUCAGCAGGGACAGUAGUUUAUCACACACGUCGAGUUUCUCUGCCUCCCUAGAUGUGGAGGACGUUUCUAAGACUGAGGCUUCCCCCAAAAUUGACUUUCUGCACAAAGCAGACUUCCUCCUGAUUCCCGCUGGCUCUAACACCCUGAGUGUUCCGGGGUGUCACCGGGAGAUGCGGCGAGCCGCGUCGGAACAGAUUCACUGCCUGCAGACGUCCAUGGAGGUGUCCGAUUUCAGAAGCAAGUCAUUCGACUGUGGAAGCAUCGCCCCAUCUCAGAAGACACCACCGGCCGAAUCGCAUCCUCCAACAUCUCCUUCCGGCAUGGGAGUCGCAGGGCACGUGCCCCUCUUGGAAAGACGGAGGGGCCCACUGAUACGGCAGAUCUCCUUAAACAUCGCUCCGGAGAAUCCGCUGGCUCCCGGGAACCCAUUGUCUUUUCAGACCAUCGCCCGUCCGGCUGUGAGCACAGUGCCACUGCAGGGGCUUCAGCUCACUCACCCAGUUUCAGCCGAGUUUCCUGCAAACACUUUGCACUCCCAGACUCCAGUGAAGGACGUGCGAGCAGAAACGGCAAGUUCCCACUCUCCAAACCUCUUUCCCGUCCCACAGCUUCUCGGUAUCCACUUGUUGAAUCAAAUCCACGUGCCCCUUAACCACCCAGACACACAGACGUCCCUGCAGGUAUCUUCAGCACAGAGCGUCAAACCAGAUGCAAGCCCCGAUGGGUGUGUACCUUCUCAAAGUGAGGAUUGCUUUGCUCCCAAGUACCAGCUCCAGUGUCCCGCGGUCACCUCGAGCCAGCCUUGUGCUUCUAAUCCUGUGCAACCUCUGCCAAAGCAAGUUCUUUCAGAUCCAGCCGGGGCCGCCCCUCGUGCGACCUCACUGACCUUACCAGCCAAAUUAGCAGAAGCCACAUCUAACUCGUGUCCUCCGCCAGCCCUGAAAGUCGGGGCUCUCGGCGGUCAGGUGCCAAAGGUGCCCACGUCCUUGACGCUGUCCACGCACCUGCAGACUCAGGUCCCCGCAUACUGUUUCGCUGCAGUCACACCUCUGCCACAAAUCCUAGUGACCCAGGAUCUCUCCAAUCAGCCGAUUUGCCAGGCUAAUCGUAGUAUGGUGCCAAUCAGCGAAGAACAAAAUUCUGUACCAAAACCGCAAAACGAUCCCCGGAAUGCUUUGCCAAACCCAGACGGAGAGCUCAUCCGCCAACCUGUCUUUUCAGAGAUGGGCCAAAACCCAUCUGCAGCAGAAUCCUCGUCCACAACACCAAAGAUGUCUGUCGGGAGACUUUCCCCACAACAAGAAUCUUCAGCUUCCAGUAAACGGAUGCUCUCCCCAGCAAAUAGUUUAGACAUUGCCAUGGAAAAGCACCAGAAGCGAGCCAAGGAUGAAAACGGAGCUGUCUGUGCGACAGACACGAGACCGCUGGAAGCGGGGGGUUCAAGAGCUCCUGACGGCAGCAAACAGAAGAAGCAUGUGCUGGUGAGGCAGGUUUGCACCACGGAGCCCCUUGAAGCUGUGGCGUGGGAGCAGGAUGUUUUUCCUCACCCUGAAGUCAGUACCGAGGCUCUUCCCUUGACCGCUGUGUCACCAGCUGAUAACUUGUCAUCAGGACACUGCAAGCCUGUGGCUAGAGAACCUGUGAAAGAACUGCAGGAAUUUGAAAGCAUCCCGUCAGCCGCAUUGCUGACGCCGACAGUUGGAAGCCCAGCUGUGCCUGCAGAGAAAACUCACAUUUCUCCUUUGAAAUCCAUAGACGACCGCCCAGAAAGGAAGUCUCCAGGGGUUAAAGAUCCAGGCGACAAAGCAAACGUCCAGGAACAGAGUCAGCCUGCGGCCACGACUCCUUCCACGUGUGAGGCUGGCGACACACAGCCGUCCGUGUCCUUCCCCAGCCUGAAGACGGCCACCAGCUUCACGUGGUGCUACCUGAUGAGACAGAGGGCCUUGCACCUGCCGCAGACGGACCAGAAAACCUCGGCCUACACCGACUGGGCCGUGAGCGCCAGUGAUCCAAACCCACUCGGCCUGCCAACCAAAGUGGCUCUUUCUCUCCUGAACUCCAAGCAGAAGACCGGAAAAUCUCUAUACUGUCAAGCAAUAACCACCCAUUUCAAGUCAGACUUACUGGUCUAUUCAAGCAAGUGGAAAAGCAACUUAAGCAAGAGAGCAUUAGGUAAUCAAAAGUCCACAGUAGUUGAAUUCAGCAGUAAAGAUGCCUCUGAAAUUAACAGUGAGCAAGAUAAAGAAAAUUCCUUAAUCAAAAGUGAACCAAGAAGAAUUAAAAUAUUUGAUGGAGGAUAUAAAUCAAAUGAAGAGUAUGUAUAUGUCCGAGGCAGGGGAAGAGGAAAGUACAUUUGUGAAGAAUGCGGAAUCCGUUGUAAGAAACCUAGUAUGUUAAAGAAACACAUACGAACCCACACAGAUGUCCGCCCCUACCACUGCACUUACUGUAACUUCUCCUUUAAGACUAAAGGAAAUCUGACAAAACACAUGAAGUCCAAGACACAUAGCAAGAAAUGUGUGGAUUUAGGCGUCUCAGUAGGUUUAAUAGAUGAACAAGAUACAGAAGAAUCAGAUUUCCAUGGACAGAGGAGCCUGGCAGGCCACAGUCCGUGGGGUCGCCAAGAGUCAGCCCUGACUGAGGAGCAAACACUACCACUACACUGUAUAUGCCACGUAAGGAAGAGUCGUCAGAGUGUGUCUUAUUGGAGUAAUGAUGUGGCCCUUAAAUCAAAACGAAGAGAACCCUGGUUCUCAAUUCUGGCUUCCCGCUGUAUUUCAAAUCAGCCCGGCUUCUCCCGGAGUCUCAUCGGCUAUAACCAGAGCCGAGCUGCUCGGGCGUCGUGCGCACAGCUGAACGAGAACUGCAAGUGGGACGGCGUGUUUGUUCCCUACGGAGAGAAGGCGUUCCCUGCCCCUCCUAAAUCCUGCUGCUCUCUCCUGGAUCCUGACCACCACGGAUGCUUAGGCCGCUUUUCUGUGAUCACCACCUACAACCUGAAAGCAGAUGUAGCCUCAGAGGGCCCAGCAGCCCCUCCCGCCCGCACUCGGCCCGAGCAGUCUGCCCACCGAAGCCCUCCUGGCCACUCCCCUCCUCUGCCGGCGCAUCCCCCCAUCCCCGCUGUCCUGACUGCCUUCCUCCCCGCGUCAUCCUCCCCGACUAAACUGGGGGCUCGGUGUGGGCAGCGCCCUGGCUUUGAAUAUUCCUCGCAGGUGGAACUGGAGGUGCCAUCAAUAAUAACAGCAGUGGAAGAAGAAGAAAAUUAUGGCCGCCUCUCAGGGUUAGUGUUGGGCCCACCAUGCCUGAGCCUUCCUCCUCCCCCGGCGUCUGAGCGCAGCCCGCAGCCGGGAGGGGCUCCUCCGUCCACCUCGCCUCGGCCCGGCCCCCAAGAGCAGAAGCCGCAAGCCGCCCUGCCUCCGCCCGCAGGCCUGCCUUCUCCGCAGACGCAUCUCUUCAGCCACCUGCCUCUGCAUUCCCAGCAGCAGUCGAGGACACCCUAUAACAUGGUUCCAGUUGGGGGGAUCCAGGUAGUCCCGGCCGGCCUCACCUACUCCACCUUCGUCCCCAUCCAGGCCGGGCCAGUGCAGCUCACCAUCCCGGCUGUCAACGUCAUCCACAGACCGCUGGGCACCCCUGGGGACUUGAGCGCGGAUGUGCCAGGCGCUGCCAGCCCCGCGGGCGUGGCCGAGCUGAGCAGCGUGGUGCCCUGUAUCCCCAUCGGCCAGAUCCGCGUGCCGACGCUGCAGCCCCUACCAGCCCUGAGCAUGGAAACCGUCAACAUCGUGGGCCUGGCCAGCGCCAACCUCGGCCCGCAGGUGCGCCCACCAAGCCUGGCCCUCAACGCCGUGGGGCUGCAGGUGGUGGCCGCCAACCCCGUCUCCCAGAGCAGCCCCGCGCCUCCCACGCCCAUCCCGGGCCUCCAGAUCCUGAACAUCGCCCUGCCCACGCUCAUCCCCUCCGUGAGCCAGGUCCCCGUGGACGCCCAGGGCGCCCCCGAGAUGCCCGCUCCCCCAAACAGGUCUCCUCGAGAGGCGCCACUCCUGCAGCCUUCUGCUGGGGCGCAUCCCGGCGGCGGGACCCCAUCCCCGCAGGGCUCACCCGGAGUCCAGCGGGAAAGUGCACAGAAGGGUCUAGAUCCGUCUGCUCCGGCCAGAGACCAGGCCAGGCGGGACAGCUGCAGUCCUAGGGACGCGGGGAAGGGGGCCCCAGCGAAGCCCCGGCACGACGUCCCUGGCGCGCCCUGCAAAUCAGCCUCGGCGCCCCCGCCCCCGCCGGGCCGGCCGCGGCUCCCCCUGGACUCGGAGGGACCUCGGCCACCGGCCCGGAGGCCGGUCACCCAGUUCAGCGACGUGAGCAGCGACGAGGAUGAGGACAGGCUCGUGAUCGCCACCUAG